AUGAAGUGGAGAAAGGCUAAUUCAAUGGGGAGAAGAAGGAGAAGAAGAAUCUCACUGCCAAGAAGAAACAGGGAUUCUAGUGAUCGAGACUGCAAAAUGGCAGUAGCCCAUAAGGGUCAUUUUGUGAUUCAUAACAUCUUGAUGGAACUCUUCAAAAUGUCAGAAGAAGAGUUCGGAUUGCCAGCUGAAGGGCCUAUUACGUUGCCAUGUGAUGCUGUGUUCAUGGAAUAUGCUCUUUCUUUGGUGCAGCAACAUGCUUAUGAAGAAUUGUUGCAGAAGGCUCCGCUCAUUUCCAUGAUAACUAGCCGCUGCUUGACACAUUCUUUGAGCCCACAAAAUCAGAAGAGCCAACUAGCACUUCUUCCUUGCUUCUAG